GCUACCAACGCCCACCCACCUCCUACCCGUGAGCUCGAUAUCAUCAUCCCCAGCAGCACCUUGAGGUCGGAACGGAGAACGAACGGGAUCACGGAACUUGCGAAAUUGAGAUACAGGAGAGAUGUCGUACUUCUUCUCUACGCCCGUCGAUAUCGACAUUGUACUGGAUGAUGGAGAUGACCGACAGAUGGUAGAUAUGAAGACCGAGAAGGGACGUCGGGAGAAAGCACCACUUUACAAAGAUGGCGAGUCCGUGAAGGGAGCCGUGACCGUACGACCGAAAGAUGGGAAGCGAUUAGAACACACCGGAAUCAAAGUCCAAUUCAUUGGCACAAUUGGUACAAAGCAUUGCGGCGCAAACCACCUCACAUAUCACGAUUAGAAGAGCUCAAACUAAUCAAGAUAUGCAGAGAUGUUCUUUGAUCGAGGGAACCACUAUGAAUUCCUGUCUCUAGGCCAGGAACUAGCAGCGCCAGGCGACCUCCAACACCCGCAAACCUUCGAAUUCAACUUCAAGAACAUCGAGAAGCAAUACGAGUCCUACAGCGGCAUCAACGUACGACUCCGGUACUUUGUGCGGGCCACCGUGUCCCGACGGAUGGCGGACGUGGUCAGAGAGAAGGACAUCUGGGUCUACUCGUACCGGAUACCACCCGAGAUGAACAGCUCCAUCAAGAUGGAUGUCGGGAUCGAGGAUUGUCUACAUAUCGAGUUCGAGUACUCCAAGUCGAAAUACCAUCUGAAGGACGUCAUUGUCGGACGGAUAUAUUUCCUCCUGGUGAGAUUGAAGAUCAAGCAUAUGGAGUUGUCGAUUCUGAGACGGGAGACUACGGGUGCGGCUCCUAAUCAGUAUAAUGAGAGUGAGACCCUUGUACGAUUUGAGGUUAGUAUCUCCCAUGACAUAUUCAGCUUUCCCAGAUUGGUAUUAACUCCCGUUUAGAUUAUGGACGGCUCGCCUUCUAGAGGGGAGACCAUCCCAAUUAGAUUGUUCCUAGGAGGAUUCGAUCUAACCCCUACGUUCCGUGAAGUCAACAAGAAGUAUUCCACAAGAUAUUAUCUGAGCUUAGUGCUUAUCGAUGAAGGUAAAAAUCACACUCUCUUCCUACCUCCUUCAAAAAUUAACAUUGUAAUCAGACGCACGAAGAUACUUCAAACAAUCAGAAAUCGUCUUAUACCGUCAAGCACCCGAAAUCGCCGCAGCGGCGGGUCAACAGACUCAGAUCACGGGAACCGUUCCCCCAGAGCGAACGCAAAUAUCACCGGCCUAGACGAGGUGAAAAGGGGGAAGAGGAAAGGAAAGAGGAAAGAGGAAAGGAGAAAGUAAUGAGCCCCACCACGCAAAGAGCAAGCAGGAUGCCAUCAUAUCAUUUAUCGUAUUGUACCAUAGACUCACUCA